AUGGCCGGCAGAGUAGACGGUGCCAUCCAGGAGUGCCUCUGCGCUUACGUUAAGUUUUGCGUGUGCACUGGUACAUACGAGUGCUUCAAGUUCUGCUUUGUCUUCAAGGAAAACCAUGCCACCUCCGAAAGCGAUGCCGUCGAGCAGUCUGGUGCCGUCGAGCAAUCCGGUGCUGUCGAGAUGUAUACGUCCGGUGAGACCCAGGAAGACGACGCCACCGGGGAAGACAUCGACAUCCGAGAACACCCUUGCGUAGGGAAGUGCCGAAUAGAAGACACCAGCACUGCACUUCUCAGGUGUGGAAUGUUCGCGCUCGAAUUCAGCACCUCCUCGCAGCUUGGCACGCGAAUGACGGAGUUGGAAUUCUGGCGUGCCUACAACAGCCAGCAGAUGCAAGAUUCCAAUGCGCGACUCAAUCGGGGGAACCGCGAUAACUUCUAUGACGACCAGCUCGCCAUGGUACUGCGCAUCUGGGGCCGCGACCACGGCCGGGACAACCUCCAGCUCGGCGUGGUCGUCGAGGGCCUUGACACCGCCUAUAUCAUGGGUGAUGAUGAUAAGAUCGUGAUGGUUUCUUCGGAGGAGGAUAUGGAGAACGAGCGUGACUUCACGACUGUCUGGAUCCACAACGACAACGCGCAGGAUCUUCGUGGGGGGCAAAUUAACCACUACUCCGGUAUCACGGUUCUCGCGCGAAACGAGGAGCCAAAUGAUGGCUCGGAGGAAUGA